GGUCACGUGGCCGCCUGCGCUGGGGGCGGGCGGCCGGACGCCUGGGUCCCGGGGCGGAGGAUGGAGCCGGAGACGCGGGCGCUGCUCGAGGCUUGGCGGGGGCGGCUGGGCCGGGAGCUGGACGCGGCCAUCGGCUUCUGGGCGCGCCACUCGCACGACCCCGAGCACGGCGGGUUCUUCUCCUGUCUGGGCCGGGACGGGGCCGUUUACGACGAUGUGAAAUACGUCUGGCUGCAGGGCCGGCAGGUGUGGGUCUACGCCCGGCUGUAUCGCACGGUGCCGCGGUUCCGACGUCCUGACCUGCUGGAGGCCGCCCGGGCCGGUGGGGAGUUCCUGCUGCGCUGCGCCCGCCUGGGGCCGGGGUCCCCCAAAGCCGCCUUCGCGCUGAGCCGGGACGGGCGCCCCACCAAGGUCCAGCGCAGCAUCUUCAGCGAGUGCUUCUGCGCCCUGGGGCUGGACGAGCUGGGGCGCGCCACGGGGGAGCCGCGCUACCGGCGGGAGGCGCGGGCGCUGCUGGAGGCCGUGGUGCGCUGGGUGCGGGAGGACCCGACGGAGCUGGGACGCCCCCUGCUGGCCGGCGCGACGCCCCACGAGCCGCUGGCCGAGCCCAUGAUGCUGCUGUGCCUGGCGGAGCAGCUGGGGGCCGGGGCCGGCGCCGGGGGCCCCCUGGCCGAGCUGGAGGGGUGGAGCGCCCGGCGCCUCCUCCGCCACCUGCAGGCCACGCGAUCGAGGCCGGCUGGUUCCUGCUCCGGUUCGCCCAGCGGCAGGGGGACGCGGCGCUGGCGGCUCAGGCCAUCGAGGGGUUCAUGGUGCGGCCCUUCCAGGCUGGCUGGGACCCCGAGCACGGGGGGCUCUUCGCCUUCCAGGAUGCGGAUGGGCUCUGCCCCACACAGUUCCGGGACCCCGAGCACGGCGAGUGGUUUGGCUACCUGGCGCGGGACGGGAAGGUGGCCCUCACCAUCAAGGGGGGGCCCUUCAAGGGCUGCUUCCACGUGCCCCGCGCCCUGCACCUGUGCGAGGAGAUGCUGGAGAAGCUGCUGCGGGAGCCCGAGCGGGAGCCGCUCCUCGCGGGCCGCCAAUAAAGGAAGUGCCGCAAAGACUCGUCUCCGUCCCCCCGUGUCCCCCUCGCUCCCGGCGGAAAACGCGUUCCCAGGGCAGGAGAAGCGGGGCCCGCGUCCGGUCCUGCUGGGAGCUGGAGCCCCGUCCGGUCCGGUCCGGUCCCUCCCGGGCUCCGAGGCCGCGCGUGUUAACGGAGCCGGAGUGACCCCAGAGCCGGCGGGGGUUGGGUUCCCGGACGCCUGGGUCCCGUGCCGGGCAGCCCCGCCCCCUCCUUCCCUGCUCCGGAGGCAGCAGCCAGCGCCGCUCCAUCCCCCAGCGCCGGCCAAUGGGCGAGCCCCGCGCCGCUCCCCACUGCGCAUGCGCCGCUUGGGGCGGGGCCCCCAGGGCAAGGGGCUCAUCAGCAGGGCUGCGGGGACGGGGAGGGCGUCGCCCAAGGAGCUGGACGGGGCCGGUCUCCGGCGAGGAGACGCCGCAAACACCGCGUCUCGCGCAGCCCGGGGCCCGUGGAACGCCCUGCCAGGGGACGCCCAACGCAUCCUGGGGUUCAGAAAAGGAGGAAAUCGGACCCUGGGACCAGCCCCCUGCUCUGGGUGUCCCUGAACCGCUGGGGGCCGGGCCCUGGUCUGUUCUUUCCCCUGAAGCGCCUGGAUGGAGGGUUGCCCUGGCCCAGCACAGCUGUCCUUAGGGGGCUCUCCCCGCCCUGGGGGGCAAGAGAGAAAUCUCCCCAUUGCAGAGUCACAGCCCAGUGUCUCCGGCUCACAGGUCCUGGCCCCCUGAGAAGGGACAGGAAUCGUGGGGGCUGCAGAGUGAUGGGGGGGGGUCAGUAAGGAGCCAGCGGUGCUGGGGCGGGGUAUCAAGCCCCCCAUUACGGCAUGUAUGAGCAGUGCUAGGAGAUCCCCGCUCAGCUCGGCCCGGGCCCCACCAGCCCAGUCCUUCCACCCCCCCCAACAGACUGGCCCCUCUCAGCCAGGCCGAGCCCCCCGACCCAGCCAGAGUCAUUACCAGACGCUCCCACCCCUGGGGAGGGGGCAUGAUCCUGAGGCCAAUGCUGCAGGAAAGACAAACCCCCUAAUCCCACCCCCCAGCUCACUGGGGAAAUGGCAGCCAUGCCAGCUGCAGCGGGCCAUCCUGCUGCAAAGCUGGUAAACUGAGGCACAGCCCAUCUCAGCUCCGCAGGGGAGGGGAAGUGACUCACGGCUGAUUGCAGCAGAGCCAGCUCCACUGCAGGGGUCUUCAGAGCAGCCACAGGAUCCAACAGGCUGCUGAACCGACCCCACCAGGGCCUUCCACACACCCUCAACUCUGGGGAGCCCCUCAGCUUGGUCUCUGGGCUGCAGGACCCAGCCUGCUCCUGCGCAUAGGGUGACCCCGGGGCCAGCUAUGGAGAGCAGCACCCCUCAGCCCCGAACUCCAGGGAGCCCCACGGGCCCCAGAGUGUCCUGGAGGCUUCCCUGCUGCUCGCCCUCCCCUGGGCCCCCUUUACCACCAGGAGCCAUGGGGCACUGCCCUCCCUGUGCCCCAGGAGUCAGCUUCCGCCCCCCGCCCCAGGCUUGCAGCAACUGGUAGCCCAACUGAGAUGGGGCAGGGGGAGGGUGCAGCUAGCCUAGACACAGGCCC